AUUUGUUCACAGCAGGAGCCUCAACUCGACUAGAACUAGCAUCCCGGGUCCUCGGGCGGAGGGGUGGAGCAAUUGAAUGCAUUUGGCGAUGUUGAGAACAUGAACAGAUUAUAAUUGCGAUUUGCAGAAUAUCGGUUUGCGUCUGCGCACUCCUGUCUUUCUCAUAAGCUCAAACUUAGCUGUCGCGUCUUCACAUUUACCUAGCUGCGAGUGCCACCUACCUUACCCAAUCGUUUAACCAAGAUCGACUUGAACUUCGUAACCUCGCGGCGCGCUCAGCGCCCGCCUCAUAAACAUGCCGCGGAAGCCACAGUCGUACGAUAAUUACGGCGCUGCCGUGCCCGAGAUAAUCCUCGCGUCUUCCGACUCCGACUUCCUCGACCAGCUCAUUCCGGUUCUCAAGGAUGCUUCCCAGGGAGGGCGCAUGGGCGCUCUCGUGCAGAACUUCUCGCAGUAUGCCGCUGAUCGCGAGUCCGAGAUUGAGAUGGUGGGCUUGACGAAGCACGAAGAGUUUUUGGGAUCUGUGAACCAGCUCCAGAAGGUCCGGGAAGGCACUGUCAAACUGACCGCCGAGAUCCUGGAGCUAAAUCAGUCGAUACAAGCCAGUACAGAGAAGCUGGCCGAACAGAAGCAGAGCCUGGUCAACACAAGGGCGGUCCGUCAAAACAUCGCCGACGCAUCUGAGGCGCUGAAAGAGUCACUAAAAAUUCUACAUGCUGUGAACAACGCCCUUGACUUGAUCCGCAAGAAGAAUUACUAUGCGGCGCUUAAGUCACUUGACGACCUCCAGAAUGAGUUUCUCAUUCCAACGAUACAAAACAAAUAUGCGACCCAACAUAAACUGGCGGACCUCAUACAGAAAUCCAUCCCAGCGUGGCAGAAGUCUAUUUGCGAUGCUGUCAUGACCGACCUCAACACAUGGUUGUUCCGCAUCAGAGAAACGUCACAGUAUCUAGGCGAGGUGGCCAUGUGGCACACAGAGCUGAGGAGGGAACGUCAGCGAGAACGUGUGGAGGCAAACGACUUCCUGAAGCGGUUUAGACUCAACUCGGCCAUUGAGCUUGUUUAUGACGAAUCUGAGGAAUUCGAUGUGCUGGACAACGAAGAGUUGCAGGUCGACUUUACGCCAUUGUUCGAAGCGGUCCAUAUCCACGAUGCCCUCACGCAGGUGGAAAGGUUCAAGUCCGAUUACGCCGCAACGAGACGGCAGCAGAAGGACCUGUUGAUGCCAACCAGGGUAAACCUAGAAGGCGAGGAGGAGCCGACUUUGAGUGCCUUGUUGGAAGGCAUAGCUGGUUUUGCCAUCAUCGAAAAGGCAACGAUGCAACGCGUUCCGCAGCUGCGAUCUCCAGUAGAUGUGGACGAGUUGUGGGAUUCGCUGUGUCGGUCAGCCAUAGCCCUUGUCACAAAGGCAUUGAAGGACGUCACAAACGCGGAAAUUCUGCUGAACAUGAAAGUCCGGAUUGCGUUGUUUAUCCAGACUAUGGAGGGCUGGGGUUACUCGGUGUCAGUACUGGAUAAUUUCCUCCUGACGCUGUUUGACAAAUAUGCCGAGCUUCUCAAGCGUCGCUUCAGCGAAGACUUCCAAGAGAUUGUCUCUACCGAUGACUACAUGCCAAUGGCCAUCAACAACGUCGAGGAGUAUGAAAAAGUUGUUAAUGUCAGCUGGUUCACUCCUGAGAAGCCUGCCGAGGAGCUUAGCUUCCCAUGCGUUCUUCCGUUCUCCCAGAUGUACCCACUGUGCUGUAUAGAUAUAAGGAAUUUCCUCAAUCAGUUCUAUUUCUUCUCGGAUGAUCACUUCCAACACCCCAACAUCAUCGAUGAAACUCUCAGAAAGUCGCUUGACUCCCUUCUUACGGAGAAAGUAUGUCAGUCGCUGGUGGAGCGGCUGAAUUCUCAGUACCUAGGUCAAAUUGUUCAGAUUUUGAUAAACCUAGAGCAUUUUGAGAUUGCAUGCCAGGAGCUCGAGCAACUGCUCAUUAGAGCUAGAUCCUCGACGUCAGCAGGCGGGCCCGUGACUCUCAGCGCUACGGAGCAGUUCCGAAGUAACAAGAAGACCGCGGAGAAGCGGAUUUUCGAGCUUGUCAACUCGAAGAUUGAUGAUCUUGUUGAUACGGCCGAAUAUGAAUGGACGGCCGCCAACCCCCAACUGGAACCAAGCAACUUCAUACAAACCUUGACUCGUUAUCUCGCCAACAUUAUGAGUUCAACACUCCUAGGUCUGCCACGAGAAAUCAAGGAGCUUAUCUACUUUGAUGCUUUGAGCCAUGCUGCAGACAAGAUAUUGACCUUGCCGAUGGCCCCAGAGGUGAAGCGGAUCAACCCCAAUGGCGUACAGGCCAUGGAGACGGAUGUGCGCUACCUGACCGAAUUCGUGGAGAGCCUGGACAACUCGUUCAUGCUCACACAGACAUUGGAUGAGCUGCAACAAACCGUAGAGCUCAUGAAGUCUGGCAACAGCGACGAGUUUUUCGAGGCUGCAGUGCGCAACAAGAAGUAUCCCCGUGUCAAUGCCAUGAACGGGCCCAUCUUGCUCGAGAAAUUGUCAACCACGGUAGAAAAUACUCCAAAGGGCACACCUGCGCUUGCGGGAUUCUCAUCUCGUUUUGGUUUCAGCUGAUCUACUGUCAGCUUUGGAAGGGACAGUGUCGCUUUGAAAGUUUGCUCAGGUAGUUUGAGUUGUGGAAUACAGCACACAACACAAGCCAAAAUCAAUGAAUUCUUUUCUCAGUGAAUGCUGUCUGUUGAAAACCCGACGUCAUGUACUCCGUCACUCAUGGAUAUCCCUCAAAAAUGGCGUCUCUGUAGGUCGUCCCAAUCAUGGAGUCCCCCACGCCUCCAAAUGUACAGUGCUAUGAAAUAAAAAGAAGAAAAAUAUGUAAAGAUAUACCAGUUUAACACCAGGAACUAGUUAAGCCCCCGGGCCAAAAAUUGAGAAAAUCACCAGG